CCGUGGCCCGCCCGCGUGGAAGUCGCCGCCGCCGCCGCUCGUUCGCCCUCCCGUCCGUCCGCCCUCCCGGUCGCCAUCAUGCUGGCGCUGAUCUCCCGUCUACUGGACUGGUUCCGCUCGCUCUUUUGGAAGGAGGAGAUGGAGCUCACGCUCGUGGGGCUGCAGUACUCGGGCAAGACCACCUUCGUCAAUGUCAUCGCGUCAGGACAAUUCAGUGAAGAUAUGAUACCCACAGUGGGCUUCAACAUGAGGAAAGUAACUAAAGGUAACGUCACAAUAAAGAUCUGGGACAUAGGAGGACAACCCCGAUUCCGGAGCAUGUGGGAACGGUAUUGCAGGGGAGUCAACGCUAUUGUUUACAUGAUAGAUGCUGCAGAUCGUGAAAAGAUAGAAGCCUCUCGAAAUGAACUACAUAAUCUUCUAGAUAAACCACAGUUACAAGGAAUUCCAGUGCUAGUACUUGGAAACAAGAGAGAUCUUCCUAAUGCCUUGGAUGAGAAACAGCUAAUUGAAAAAAUGAAUCUGUCUGCUAUUCAGGAUAGAGAAAUUUGCUGCUAUUCAAUUUCUUGCAAAGAAAAGGAUAAUAUAGAUAUCACACUUCAGUGGCUUAUUCAACAUUCAAAAUCUAGAAGAAGCUGAAGCAUCUCCUGACGUCUUCCAGUCCUUCUUGGCUAUAAUCCUAGAAUUAUUGUCUGUUCCUCUGAAGUACUCCCCAGAAUACAGUCCUUCCUAAACCCAAGAAAUUGCCUUUUUCAGAGUUUAUUUCUCAUGUGCACUGCUGAAGAUGUGUAUCCCUAAUCCUUCAUAAAGAAUCAGCUAGAGUUGUCAUGAUAAAGUCAGCACACACAGAAAGGCUUCUUACACAUACUUGUCUUAAACCGUGUAGAGCUUUUUUAAAAAAACACCACUUUUGACCAUCUGAAAUUUAAAAAAUUGCAUAUUUUUGUUCUGGUCAUUCUGGGCCAGAUUUUUAUAUUCGUUUUGGUAAAUGUCUAUAGUAUUUCAUUACAUAGUCCAGUAGCUUAAUACUGAUACUGACUUGAUACAGCAUGAAGUUUCUAGUGCCACACACAGUAUUUAGAAAACCUUUAAGCCUGACUCAUGUGGGAUAUAUUUUAUCUCACAAAUGCAUGUGAAAUGUAUAAUUACACCUUAGAAAUUAAAGAAUGGUCUGCAGAGAGUGAGUAGAGGCACCAGAUCAAUGUUGUUGGUUCUUUACACCAGUGAGAUCCUAUCUAAUGAAUUUUAGAAACAUUCUGCUUUCUGAGCAUUCUUUAUCACCAGAUAGCAGUUGGGGAUAUGGGAGUAACUAAAGCAUGCUGUUUUGUAUCCAGAUCGUUACUUUUUUUUUCCCCUGGUUUGACAUACUUUUUUAAGGGGUAGGGAAUUGAAGAUUUUCUCAAAAGCUUUCAUUAAAUUAGAGCAUUCCAGCCAAUAUAAUAAAACCUGUUAAGACUGUCAGACUUUGUUCAAACACCUGUUUGUUCUUUCUGUUUCCAGUCAUUAAAUCAGUGCUGCAUGACACUCUAACUCUUAACUUUUUAUAUCCAGUCAUAAAGUUGACUUUCAGCACAAAGAUACUUAUAAACAAAUACAAAGUCUUAUUUUUCUCUCUUAUUGAUGUAAGGUUUGGCACUCUUUUGUCUGGUGCCAUUAGACACCUUGAUUAUUGUGACAACUCUAGACCUGCCUGCUUUAUCUAAUGUAAUCAUGUGCAAUGUCUACAGGUUGUUUAAUAAUCACACAGAGAACUGAGGAACUGAUGCAGUUUAUUGUUUGCUUCUAUGAUACAGAGAUGUAUAAAAACUGAAAAUGAACAUGUUUUGUAGUUUAAUGAUCUCCAUAUACAUAAAGGGACAUAUUAAUACUGGUUCAUUUGUAAAUUAUUAUACAUGUAGACCACUGUAGUAGAUAAAACUGUAUGGUACAUACACCUGCUUAUGUGUUGCCUCACACUGUGUGUGAUUUUGUUUCUUUUGUUAAGCAGCACUUACGUAGACAGUGCAUUUCCAAACAUGUUGAGCAUUCAGAGUGUAGUCAACAGUAAGUUCUUUUAAUGAAUACCAGUUUUAAUUUAUAGACUGCCAUGGCCUUAAAAAUAUUCUGUACAAAAUACUGCACUGUGUUGCACAGACACUACUUGUUUUUCUCCAUUCACAUCUUUAUGAGUAGAAUCUGGGCUUUUAAAGUUCUUUUCUUAUUCUUUGAAGCAUGUUGCAUACUUCCCUGAUGGGAUGUAUGGUUCUGUAAUGUAAACGGGGUAUUUAAAUUUGCUUCUGUAUUUUAACACCAUUAAUGGCCACUGUGAACUGUUAGAAGGAAUGUGGCAACUUGCUUGUGCCUAAAAAGAGGAAUCAGAUCCAAACUAGAAUGUGUAACUAUGUGGAGACUGCAUAGGUUUGUUCACUGACCUAUAGCUAAACUCUAAUGUGCUUGUGUGUCUGUUCAUUGCUUUCAGCAUUUUUCAAGACUUCCAAAUGCUACUACAAACAUUUUCCUGUGCAUUAACCUCUGCAUGUGAAAUCUUAACAGUUACUGAACUCUGUAAAUACAUGACUUUUUUUAUUUAGGUGUAUGCAUUUUUCGUCUGUUUACUGCUCUUCUCAGCUUUAUUCAAUAAACUUGCAUUUUGAGGGUUUGUAUUGGCAGUUUUAACUUAAAAUGUGCAUCAUGAUGGGAGGUGCAGACUUUUUUGGAAGGGGGUGAAAAGAAAGGUACUAUGAGUUGGGUACAUAGACCAUAUGCUAGAAAGAAAUCAGCUCAGCCCUCAAAGAAUUGGGUAUGUGGGCUAGUUAAAAUAGAAAUAAACUUUAAAAAUAUCCACA